AGUUCAUACAAAGGUGCUCAACACAUUUCCAAAAUGGUUCAAGAAAGUACUAUGAUUUGUGUCGACAAUUCGGAAUACAUGCGCAACGGAGAUUUCCAACCAACUCGGCUCCAAUCUCAACAGGAUGCAGUAAAUCUUGUUACACAAUGCAAGUUGCGUGCCAAUCCGGAGAAUGCUGUUGGAAUUCUGUCAAUGGCAAACAGUGUUCAAGUAUUGUCAAGUCUGUCCACAGAACAAGGACGUUUGAUGAUGAAGAAUCAUUCCAUUGAGCCAUUCGGAAAAUGCAACUUUAUCGCCGGUAUCAAGAUUGCUCAUCUUGCUCUGAAACAUCGUCAAAACCGUAAUCAUAAGAUGCGCGUUGUUCUCUUCAUCGGAUCACCUCUCGAGGAAAUUGAAAUGAAUGAGCUCGUGAAGAUUGCAAAGAAAAUGAAGAAAGAGAAGGUUCUGUGCGACGUCAUCAUGUUCGGUGAAAAUGAAUCCGAUGGACAUGAGAAAUUCUCAACAUUCGUGGACACAUUGAACGGAAAAGAAGGCAGCGGCUCAUCCUUGAUCGUUGUUCCACAAGGAUCUUCCCUCACAGACGCGUUGUUGCAGUCAAGUGUAUGCAAAAAUGAAGAUGGGCAAGCUGCAUUCGGUGGAGGUGGAAACGGAAUGGAUAAUGCAUUCGGAAUGGAUGUUGAAAAUGAUCCAGAUUUGGCUUUAGCUCUUCGUGUCUCAAUGGAAGAGGAACGAGCUCGUCAAGCCGCCGCCGCUGCUGCAAAUGGAGGUGCCGCGGAUUCUGGAGCUGAUGCCGAAGUUGCUGCUGCGGCUGCUGCUGUUCCAUUGGAAGAAAUGGACAUGGGAGCGAUGACUGAAGAGCAACAAUUGGAAUGGGCUCUUCGUCUUUCAAUGCAGGAAAAUGCUCCGGCUGAGCAGCCACAAGUACAACACGAACAAAUGGAUGUGGAUGGAGCUCCAGCAGUUGGAGGAGACAAUCUUGAUGAUUUGAUGAACAACCCAGAACUUUUGCAGCAAAUUGUGGACGAUCUUCCUGCUGCAAAUGCGGAGAAGGAUGAUGACAAGGAGAAGAAAUAAAUGUCCCUGUGAAGUUGUUUUAUUGUAUUUUAUCCUAUUUAUUAUUGAAUCACCAUCCAGCCACCCCAAGUGAAUGAUUUUCAGUCUCCAACUUCUUCUUCCCCGCUGCGUAAUUCUAAUUUAUUCCAUCUCUCAUUUUUCAUCACGUAUUUUCCUGUAUAUCCAGACCGAUGUGAAAAUAAACUUUUUGUGGCAAAUAUAAAUUUAUUCAUGAUU